AUGGCUACGAAGUACGCGGAGGCUCAAACUCCGAAGGUCGGCUUGUGGCCCCAUGAGAAGACGCUUCUUCAGUCUGGGGCUCUCUCAGAGAUCUCCCAUCGGGGAGCCAGCUCCAUCUUGCUGCAGGCCCAUCACCUAGAACAAGAGAGGGACCUUCCGGAGGAUGGGCUCGAGGACACUGCGGAGAAGGAGGAGCUGGAAACCGAGAGGGAAGAGCUGGUGAGCAUCUUCAGGCACAUGACGGACAAGGAGUGCUCCUUCUUGCGGGAGCAUGGUAUACUGCCCGACACCCAACCCUAUCAGACGAUUGUAGAAGGUGACGAGGGCUUCCAAUACUGCAAGAAGUACUUCUGCGGCAAAAAGAAGGUAACUCCUCCAGUGUCGACGAUCGUGGAGUUCCUCUGCCCGCGUGCGUUGGUGGACCAGCUCUUCGCCAUGCAGUGGAAGAUCGAAGAUGGAGCUCGAUCGCAUGGGCUGGGAGACAAGGGCGGCAAGGGCCUGCCGAUCUUCAACGAAGCCUUGGAAUCAGGAGCCAUCAACUGGCGUAUCGUCUUCGUAAAGCGCCCGCGGAAGUGA